AUGCAUGUCGACUACUCGAGUACCGAUGUGAUACAGCAAAGCCAAAAUGUGGCUUUUGCGCAGAUUGGAAAAGGGCUUGUUCAUAUUCCUCUGCAUAUUCUCUUUUCCGUCGAGCACAGAGGGGAGCUUCCGGAACCUCCCAGGAGACUGCAGCCUGUGUUGGAUGCAAUCGAUGCUCAACAUAGCAAGACCUUAUCUCGGAUUAAAGAGCUGAUUACCAUGAACGAAAAUAUCAAUGCUGACCUUGAAGCAACGGGGUUCUCUACGCAGAUUUCAUACCUGACUGGCCUAGUGACUGAGAUCCACGAAGCCUGUAUACAGCAAGCUUGCUUUAAAGUAGGCGUGAAAGAAAUGCAUUGGAAGGGAUCUAUUUCAAUUGAGCACGAGGCCGCAGCGCAUAAGCUCUUGAAGUUGCCUGCAGUUCAAGAGCUACUUGGUUCUCAGUACGAUGAAGAUUACGCAAUGACACUGGAAGAAGAGAGAGGCCCAAUUUGUCUUUUCAGAAAAGGCGAGAACUGUUUUUCGGGAAACGCGUCAUUGGGUAGCCAUGAAACCGGCUCUGGCUACUUGAAUCUCGAUGAAGGGACGGCUCGGAGAUAUUUCGAAAUCUAUCUUGACCGAAUACAUGAACUGCAUCCCUUCCUUGAUAAGCAGGAAGUCUCAAUCCAGCUUGAUGAUUUCAUUAAGUCUUACUGUACGCGGUCUCUGGUGGAGCACUUGAAUGCCCCCCAGCAAAAGCAGCUAUUGCAAGUCGGUACGACCGUCGAGAACGCUCGCAUACUCAUGUUACUUGCCCUUGGGGCAAUAUGUGAAACAGGUCCAACUCUCUCAGAUGUGGAUACAGAAAAAGAACCUGAUUACCGGCAGCAAUACAUCCCCAAAAUCUGCAAGUUGCCAUCCCCCAGCCAUCCUACUCACUCGAAUUCCAACAAAUAUAAAGCUUUCCCUGGUUUGAAGUUAUACGGACAUGCCACAGCAAUCCUGGGCUAUUUUCAAGGGGGGGCCGAGUUAUGUCAUGUUCAAACGUGCUUGCUUGCAGCGCUCUAUAGUGGUCAAUUGGCCCAUCCAUUCCAAAGUCACAGUUGGAUUCACCAGGCAGCUCGGGAGUGCCAAAUCCUUGUGCGCCAGUCACGAUACCAAAGGAUGGAAGAGGGUCGCAAAAAGGACAUGUAUAGCUUUGCCUAUUGGACAGCUCUGCAGCUUGAGUGUGAUAUUCUAGCAGAGCUCGAUAUCCCAGCAAGUGGGCUCCUGCAGAUUGAUAGCAGAAUACCAACACCAAAGGGAAUUUUCACCCUUGCAUCCUCUGCCGAUGAUCGAAUGAUGAGAAUCCACUCUACGCAAAUCUAUCUUUGCAAAUUGCUCAACAAUAUUUUUGCUGAACUGUACAAGGUUGGAGAACCAGCACAGGAUAGGAGUCAAAGCAACUGGUUAAGAAUACCAAACAUCCUGAGCGAGGGCCUUGAGGCUUGGCGCACGAGUCUUUCUGGUAUUAUUAUCUGGGCAGACUGCGACCCUCCUGCAAAUGAAAUCAAAGAUGCUUGUAUGAGAGGUAAAUACUACAGAGCUCGCGCAAGCAUGAAACUAAGUGAUUUACCUUUGGCGCUGUAUCAUGCUUGCGAGGCCUGUGUUAAUUCGGCGAUAUUGAGUAUCCAAGCCUUUGAUGGAAUUGACGACCAACUCAUUGUCCCUGAUAUUUUCAGUACUUCCCAUGCGCAAUUUGGUAACAUGCUGAUCCUUUCAGCGACCUAUAUGUCCUUUCUUUCUCACCUUAUUCCGCGCACUACUCUUGAUCAUCUACUUCGCCGUACAAUCAGGUUUCUCCUACGUAGCAAGAACAUAUCCCCAACCCUUCGAGCGGACGCUCGAAUCUUGACAGAAAUUCAUGAGAGGAUUUUUAGUCCCAAGGCCCCCUCGAUGUUUGGCCCGUUUAACCCAGAAUGA